ACAAACUAGCUAGUAGACGGAGGCAGGCUCUCGAUCAUGAGAGAUUGAGUUGGGUAGCUAGCUAGCUAGGUACCUUGACUUUGCGGUUGCUGCUCUCGCUGAUCCUCGCUUCCGGCCGGCCAUGGCAGCCCGUGUGGAUCCCCUUGUGCUAGGUAGGGUGAUAGGUGAAGUGGUGGACAGGUUCGUGCCAACCAUGGUACUGUCCGUGCGCUUCGGGACCAGGGACCUCACAAACGGCUGCGAGAUCAAACCGUCCGUCGCCGCCGCUGCUCCCGUUGUCCAGAUCGCGGGCCGGGUCGGCGACCUCUUCACCCUGGUUAUGAUUGAUCCAGAUGCUCCGAGCCCGAGCGAGCCGAGCAUGAGGGAGUGGCUUCACUGGCUUGUUGUUAACAUACCAGGUGGAGCAGAUCCUUCUCAAGGUCAGGAGGUGGUGUCCUACAUGAGCCCGCGUCCAGCGUUGGGCAUCCACCGCUACGUGCUGGUGGUGUUUCAGCAGAGGGCGCCUGUGGAGGCGCCGCCGGCGGUGGCGCCCGGCGAGGAAGCGCCCGGGUUGCGCAUGGGGUUCAGCACACGCGACUUCGCGAAGCGGCACAACUUGGGACUCCCCGUCACCGCCAUGUACUUCAAUGCACAGAAGGAGCGGGCCAGCCACCGCCGUCGCUAUUAGCUAAAUAUUACCUUCUCUAUGUCCGCCGGCUGAUAAACCCUGCUGCUGGCCGGCUGUGCGAGAGUGCGUGCAUGCACCUCGACCUAAUAAGUUGAACUGUGGAACCGUCUUCCCGUUAUCAUAUAUAAAUUGUGGGAUUUGUGGUG